AUGCCUAAGCGGACUUUGGAAGAAUGGGAAGAGGAUGCUAUGGAGUCGGUGCCGUACCUGGCCAGUGAUGAGAAAGGGUCAAACUACAGAGAGGCUACUCAACCGGUGAUUCUUGAGGAUUCUAAAAUUGUUCAACCUAAAUUGGAAGUUCAUAAAACAGUGAAGCCAUGGGUACAUUUUUUAGCUGGUGGUAUAGGUGGUAUGGCAGGAGCUGUAGUGACGUGCCCAUUUGAUUUAGUGAAAACUAGGCUGCAAAGUGACAUAUACCAGAACAUGUACAAGAGUCAAGCUGAAGCUUUGAUGAUGAAUACCACAAGACCUAGAAUUGUGAAUUUGACCUUACAAGCUGCAACACAUUUCAAAGAGACAGUUAGCAUUAUUGGAAAUGUGUAUCGCCAAGAAGGUUUUAGAAGUUUGUUUAAAGGUUUAGGUCCCAACUUAGUUGGCGUAAUUCCGGCAAGAAGUAUUAAUUUUUUCACCUAUGGUACUACAAAGGACAUAUACUCCAAGGCCUUCAACAAUGGACAAGAAGCACCUUGGAUCCAUUUGAUGGCUGCUGCCACAGCAGGCUGGGCAACUGCAACAGCUACCAAUCCUAUAUGGAUGGUGAAGACCAGAGUUCAACUUGAUAAAGCUGGGAAAACAAGGACAUACAAAAAUUCAUAUGACUGUUUGAAAAGUAUUUUGAGAAAUGAGGGUAUAUAUGGACUUUACAGAGGUUUGAGUGCGUCAUAUCUUGGCUCAGUCGAAGGUAUCUUACAGUGGCUACUAUACGAGCAACUAAAACAUUUAAUAAAGAAAAGAUCCAUAGAGAAAUUUGGAGCUCAUGAUGAAAGCACCAUGACUACAACAGAUAAGAUAAAACAAUGGUGCCAGAGAUCGGGGGGUGCAGGCCUUGCAAAAUUUAUGGCUAGUAUAGUAACUUAUCCCCACGAAGUUGUGAGAACCAGAUUAAGACAAUCGCCAUUAGAGAAUGGUAAAGUAAAAUAUACUGGACUUGUACAAAGCUUCAGAGUUAUCAUCAAGGAGGAAGGCUUAGCAUCCAUGUAUAGUGGUCUGACUCCUCAUUUAAUGAGAACUGUUCCAAAUAGUAUUAUUAUGUUUGGUACUUGGGAGGUUGUGAUAAAAUUGCUUUCUGAUAUUUGA